GGACGUUUUUUCGAAACUCGCGCGAAACCCACAGACCCAACUGGACACAAUCCUGAGGAACACCUGUAUCAGAAUGGGGAAUGCAAACAAGCAGCAGAAGCGAAAGUAUCGCCAGGGGCUUUAUGCGCAGGCCCCAGUGAAGGGUAAAGGCAAUUCGAAGCAUGGCGCUUUCCAAGUCGAGCCGGGAAUGCAGGGUAUCUACGCCUUCAUCCACCUCGACAAAGAACGCGGUGCCGUCGCGGAGUUGCGUAGUCUUUUCGAGGAGUACGCGGAAAAGAUAUACGGCACAAAGAUCAAAGGCGCAGGCGCCUCAGACGACCUUGACGACAGCGACGACGACGACGCGGAGGACGUUGCGGACGUGAUUAAUCGCCAGUUGAAGGAGCUGAAGAGCGAGACAAACGAGAAGAAGGCGCAAUUUUAUUGGUGCAAGACCAAUAUUGAUUGUAUUGUGUUUUUGAGGACAUUUGCGCCAAUCGAGCCCGCAGAUUUCGUCCACAAGAUCUUCCAAGAUCUGAACGAGAAGAAGCUGAAGAAGACAAGAUACACCUCACGCCUCCACCCAGUCCAACACUCCUGCAAAGCCUACAUGGACGACAUCAAAGCCCUCGCAAAGACAGCCGUCGCGCCAUUCUUCCAUCAGGAGGGUCAGAAGGGUAUACAGUGGGCCGUCGAACCCCGCAUCAAAUGGAACGACAGCAUCAAACGCGACGACCUCAUCAAAGAGAUCGCUGAUAUCGUCGGCGCGGAGCAUUUCGUGAACCUCAAGAGCCCCGAGUUGACCGUCGUUAUUGAUAUCUUCAAGAAUGUAUGCGCACUAUCCGUCGUCCGCGACUACCCGGAAUUCAAAAAGUACAAUCUGGAGAAACUGGUCGAGACCCCUGCCGAUGCAACACCAUCACUAGCAACGCCAACAGACCCGUCAUCAUCCGUACCGGUCACAACAACCACCGACAGUGAGACACCAGUGACAUCCACCCCGGGCGACAACAACAGUCACAAUAACAAACGCAAAGCAUCCGUCUCGUCCCCAACAGCGAACGGGACGGAGGCGGCACUAGCUGCUGCGGUAGGAGGAGGCAACGGGGAUGCCAAGAAACCUAAAGCAUGAGCAAAACAUAUAGGCACGGACCACCGCGCGCCAGCCGUGCAACCGCAUCAUUUUUUUCCAGGCACACGGUAACAUAACAGGCGUAACAACCACAUUGGGGGGUAUCAUUGUAUAUUUUCAUAUUCUCAAACGCACAGGAGGCGGGCC